GUCGAACUUCUCAUCAAAGUUACUGGAGAAGCCGACAAAUUUGCUCCUGCAGACUGGACAUUGCAUCCCGCGAGCAGUCAGUUUCCCACGCGCCAAAUUCCGACUACGACCGGCAACAUGUCUUUCGACACGUACCAGACCCCAUUGGGCUCUCGAUAUGCCUCCAAGGAGAUGCUCCAGCUCUUCUCGGCCCGCUCCAGGCACAGCACCUGGCGCCAGCUCUGGCUCUGGCUGGCCGAGGCUGAGAAGGAGCUGGGCAUCGACCAGAUCACUCCCGAGGCCAUCGAUCAGAUGCGUGCAAACCUCACAAUAAGUGAUGAGGCCUUCGAGGUUGCCAGGGAGGAGGAGAAGCGUCGCCGUCACGAUGUCAUGGCUCACGUCCACGCAUACGGGCAAGAUGCGCCCGCGGCCGCUGGCAUCAUUCAUCUCGGGGCAACGAGCUGCUUCGUGACUGACAACGCUGAGCUCAUCUUCAUACAGAAGGGCCUGAAGCUGCUUCUCCCUCGUCUUGCAAAGGUCAUCCACAACCUCAGCCAGUUUGCGUUGAAGUACAAGGACAUGCCCACCCUCGCCUACACCCAUUAUCAGGCCGCCCAACCCCACACCGUUGGUAAGAGGGCUGCUCAGUGGACCCAGGACUUGUUGCUGGAUCUUCGCAACCUCACCCGUGCUCUUGAGGAUCUCGAAUUCCGAGGUGCUAUGGGCACAACCGGAACCCAGGCUUCAUUCAUGGAAAUCUUUAACGGGGACGGUGACAAGAUCGAUCGCCUCAAUGAGAUUCUCUGCGAGAAGGCUGGAUUCCCUUCCACCUACUCCGUCUCUACCCAGACAUACACCCGCAAGGUCGACCUGAACGUCGCUCAAGCCCUUGCAGGAGUUGGUGCAACUGCUCAGCGAAUUUGCACUGAUAUCCGCCACCUGGCCAACCUCAAGGAGAUUGAAGAGCCUUUCGAGAAGGACCAAAUUGGAUCCUCGGCGAUGGCGUACAAGAGGAACCCGAUGAGGUCGGAGCGCAUUUGCUCUCUUGGCCGCAAGCUCGGCAGCAUCACAACUCCUUUUGUGGAGACAUACACAACACAAUGGUUCGAACGGACUCUCGAUGAUUCUGCUAUUCGCCGGAUUGAUAUCCCUGAGGCAUUCCUUCUGGCCGACGCCAUCCUGCUCAGCAUGGAUAAUGUCACAAAUGGCCUUGUCGUAUACCCAGCUGUUGUCCGCGCAAACCUGAUGAAGGAGCUCCCCUUCAUGGCUACAGAGAACAUCAUCAUGAAGAUGGUCGCCAAGGGUGCGUCCCGCCAAGAGUGCCACGAGGAGAUCCGCGUUCUCAGCCACCAGGCCUCUCAAGUCGUCAAGGGCGAGGGCAAGCCUAACGAUCUUAUCGAGAGAAUUCGUAACACUGCUUACUUCGCCCCCGUCCAUGACAUUCUUGACGAGGUUCUCGACCCUGCUCUUUACGUCGGCCGCUCCGCCGUCAUCGUCGAGCGCUUGGUUGUCAAGGCGCAGCAGUCUCUUGCCCCUUAUGCCGACUACCUCGGCAAGGCCGAGACAGCCCAACUCUCUGUCUAAGGUCAGAGUAUAUCAACGUGGAAGGUUUGUACAUGGGGUCGGGGUAUCCUUGUGGACCUCCGUGUCCGGCGUUCAGGAUGGAAAAUAUAUAUAGUAUAGGAUACAAACGUUCACACUAAAUGCAUGCACAUAUGGCAUACAAAAAAAGAGAGACAGAAGGCCGUGAGUCUAUUUUCAGCAUUUCAAGAAGAUGAUUCACUGGAAUGUAGUAGUGUGUUUCUUCACUCGGAGCCUGCUGUAUGUAAGUGGCG